AUGGAGCGUGUUUUACAUUCGCAGCAUGUUCCACACAAUCAGUAUAUCGAAUUUGCCGCUUAUCAGCUAGCGGGAGAGGCCCAGCCUUGGUGGCAAGCUGAGUGUCGUUUACUACAACUUCAGAACGCUGACAUUCCAUGGGAGGUAUUCCAGACGGCUUUCUAUAAGAAAUACUUCCCUGAGUCUGCAAAGGAAGCAAAGGAGAUGGAACUAAUACAGCUGAAGCAAGGUUCCCUAUCUGUGGCAUACUACACCAAUAAGUUUGAGGAGCUCUGUAGGUUUUCUAGGGUGUGUCAAGGUGUCCUGGAGACUUACGAGAGCUGGAAGUGCAUUAAGUACCAGAGAGGUUUAAAGGAUAACAUUAUGACUGUUGUGGCUCCUUUGGAGAUCCAUGUUUUCUCUGACUUAGUGAACAAGGCUAGAGUAUUGGAAGAGUAUGCCAAAGCCGUGGCAGCAUCCAAGGACACUCAUGGAGGGAGCUCUAGUCGGGGGCGUGGCAAGUAUUUUCAUCUGAGAGGACAAAGCUUCAAGAGAGGAGGAUAUGCACCUCAAGGCCAAGGGGGCUUCAGAAAGAACAAUCAGAAUCAAUUUCAAUAUGCUACGGGAAGAGAAAAUCAGAGUAAGAAUUCUCCGGAUUUGACUCGUGAUUGUUGUGGACGUUUCCAUCCUUAUUACUCAUGCAAAAUUGGUUUAGGUGGUUGUUUCAAUUGUGGGUUGUCUGGCCACAUUACGAGGGAUUGCACUCGUGGGAGGAAUCAAAAUGCGGGCCAGAGUCAGCAUCAAGGUCGAGUCUUUGCUGUGAAUGCCAAGGAUGCUUCCAAGGCGGAUCCAUUGAUGAGAGGUAUAUGUCUAAUUGGUGAUAAAUCCUUAGUUGCAUUAUAUGAUACUGGAGCUUUGUAUUCAUUCGCUAAAGUUGAGGAAUUAGGCUUGAAAGUGUCAGAGUUACCUUUUAAUCUGCAUGUACAUACUCCGCAUUAG